AUGACAUUAACAUUUAGGACUUCUCCAGCUAAUUUAUUGCCACAAAAUGUGAGAGAAUUGCAGAGAGUUGAAAUCAUUUCAUCUCAACCAUUAAGUAAUGUUUCUAAAUUAAUAAACUACAAUCAUCCAAAUUUUCCCAGAUUGGGUAGUAUACUAGAGGGAGAUGCUCUUAAGGCGAAGGGACUUUUACUCCAUGCAAUUCCAACUCGAGCACAACAACAAAUGCCUCUUAAUGAAUCAUUGGAUAUUUGCGAUGAGUUUACAUAUGAUGGAUCAAACGACCAAUCGGUAAUAAAAUUAACCUCAGCUACCUACCAGAGAGUUCCUGGACUUCACAAUAUUGAUGGGGUUGAUGUUAGAAAGGUGAAAGAAUCGAAAAAAGGUCAUGGGGCGAAGUUUUACGUAAGUUAUAAUUAUAUCAUAAAGAUCAACUGGAAACAACUCACUACAAAUGCUUUGAAUAAAGUUAUAUUUAUGAUUAACAAUGCUUUUGAACAAGUUAUAAUAACGAUAUCUUGCUACGAGUUUACUACAGAUCUCGAAGAGAAAUUUGGGUUUACCAAAACUACUCCUACCUUGACAUCAACAACUCCUAAAUAUACUUUUGAAGAUUUCCCAUCGGAUUCAGAUUUAGAUCCCGAGGAAGUAUAUGAACUUCUCAAUCUUCUUCUUAUAGACUCGGCCCAACUUUCAGGAUCGAUAGAUGAUUAUAUCAGUAAUUAUAGUGUGCCAUUCCCAAUAUCAGUAACUACCUCGCAAAAUAAAACUACAAGAUAUCGACUUAUUGGACCAAUUCAUUCCGAUUUCAUUCAAGAUUUAGAAUCUAAUUGGAAAAUCCUUUCCAUGCAUACCAAGACCCAGCAAUUUAUUCACUUUAGAGAUUCCUCCAACAAUGUAUAUUCAUGGGAAUGCACCAAAUAG